UCGGGAGCUGGGGAGAGCUUCCUCCCGCCAUACACCCAUUGCUCCGAUUUGAUCGCGAGCGCGAAAGGUGUCCUGCUCCACGCCGGGGGCCCAACGCGCGGCCUGGCCUGCCUCCAUCCGCGUCGCCGGCCGGCAGUUGUGUUUGGGCCGCACUGACAACAGCUGGGGUUCUAGGGUGAAGACCGAGGGCCCUGGCCCUAGAGGCGCCACCGAGCCCACAGUUUGCAGAAUGCGGAAAACUGGAACUAGUGCUGGACUCGUCUGAGCACAAAGUUAUUAUUGUUGGGCUGGACAAUGCCGGGAAGACUACCAUCCUUUACCAGUUUUCCAUGAAUGAAGUUGUACAUACAUCUCCUACAAUAGGAAGCAAUGUGGAAGAGAUUGUGGUUAAUAAUACACGUUUCCUGAUGUGGGAUAUUGGUGGCCAAGAAUCCCUUCGUUCUUCCUGGAACACUUAUUAUACUAACACAGAGUUUGUAAUAGUUGUGGUGGACAGCACAGACAGAGAAAGAAUUUCUGUAACUAGAGAAGAGCUCUACAAAAUGCUAGCCCACGAGGACCUAAGGAAAGCUGGGUUGCUGAUUUUUGCUAAUAAACAAGAUGUUAAAGAAUGCAUGACAGUAGCAGAAAUCUCCCAGUUUUUGAAGCUCACUUCUAUAAAAGACCACCAAUGGCAUAUCCAAGCAUGCUGUGCUCUCACUGGCGAGGGGUUAUGCCAAGGACUUGAAUGGAUGAUGUCACGGCUGAAGAUCAGAUGAUCUCUUCUGACCCCUUCUCAUGGACUCUGUAUAAACAAAGUGCUGGACUUUAUCUGAAAGCUGCAAAAAAUGGUUUAGAUAUAUUUAUAAUAAACUGACUUAAGAGUUUUCUACAAGAAGAAAAUUAAGACCAUUUAUUUGAAAACAGAUGAAAUGUCACCACCUCGUUUGCUCUCUCAUUCCUUCCAAACCUGUGACUGGUAUUUUCUCAUGAUGAAUCCUCUCCGGACAUGGGAGAGUUCUAAUGAAUACAAGGGAGAGGAAGACAUUUGAACUUGGAGCUUUAUUUCCUCGACGAGCCCACCCUGCCCCAAGUGAAUGUUCCCUUUUCAUUACAUUGAAUCAAAUACGGAUCAGCACGGAUACUGUUUCCAGUUUUUAAAAAUGUAAUAAUAUUAUGGAAAGUAUUUUACUUAAAGUUGAAUAUGUAUUGUGUAUAUACCUCAAGUUCAGGUUAAUGGCUUUGAUUUAUUUGUGUUCUAAAGGAAAGCAAAUAACACAAGUUAAUGACGUUAUUUUCCUGAUGUCACUGAGUACCAUCUUGGUGUUAAUUGUCACUGUUUAGUUUACCCUCUGUUCUCUGUAUUGUUCUAACAAGCCAACCCCAGCCCAGAAUCGGUAAGCUGCUCCUUAAAAAUGAAACGGGAGAAAGCUUGACAUUGUGUACCUAUUUUUGUUGCUCAGUCAUACAGAUGGAAAUCCAUAACGCAAGUGGGUAGAGUCUGCUGGACUCCUGGCCUGGUGUGGCCGGGCAGAAUUACUCGAGAAGCAGUUGUCAGACUUUCCCUUCUGCUGGUCCUAAUUCAGCCAAUUCAGCUACUAAUCGGUCAUUCAUAAAUUGUGAUUAAAAUGAUCAGGUAAUUUUUAAUUGAAAAUCAUGUUGUGAAAUAUAUCUACCCAAAGAGGUAACAUCCUAUAAAUAGUAAUAAUUAAUUUAGCUGCAGCCUUUUCAGGUAUUAAAUUAUAUGACAAACAGUUAAAAUGAAUUUAAGAGUAAACAUAAGGCAUAGUUUUCAGUGAACAUUAAUAAUUUCUCAAUUUGCAGAUUAGCAUCUGCAAAGGUAUCUUCUUCCAUUGCAUAAAAUGCCUUGUUUAAUAGUUAACUAAUCAAAUAUUCUGAAUGACUUCAAAAAUUUGAUUGAAAAUUUGAGAUAUCACAUUAUUUGUACUAGGAUUUGACCUAAAACACCUUUUAUAUUUGUUAACCUUUCUUAAAUUUAGUUAAAAUUUGAAGUAUUUCUGUCGUAAUUAUAAACAAAAUUAUUUUGUGUUUUAACAUAUUCUUGGUGACUCUUUAUACUUUUUGUGCCCUGAAAAUUUGAAGGUUACUCCAAACUGUCAAGAUUUAGGAUAUUCAAGAAAAGAUUUAACUAGUUUUAGUGUCAGACUUUAAAAUUUCCUAAGGAAUUUGGUAAGAAAUAGAAGUCCACUCUAUAAGCAUUGAGGAAACUUUGAAAAACCUUUAAGUAAAUGUAAGACUCUUAAUGACUAAACCCAUCGGAGUGGAUGAGUGUUCCCCUGGAGGCUUGUGUUUGAGACCUGUGCUGUAAGCCUCCCACUUGACCUUCAGCGUAAUGUUUCCCACCUGCUCAGAGUGUCAGCACUCGUCACUAGGCUUUCCAGGGCUAAGUCCUUCCUGUUCACAUGUUCUCACACUUUUUCAAAUCAUGAGGCUUUCUCCUGUAUAGUAAAAAUCCCCUUAAAGACUCAAAUCUACGUCGUAGUUUUGUCAGAGACCAAUAGUCCAUCGAGCCCCCACCUACCCCAGAUCUGCAGCUUCUUAGCUUUUAUCUGAAUAGUCCUUGCACAGUUGCUUGCCUCUCUGUCACAUCAGUUCAGCACAUAGCAGCACAUCCUGGUGUUGCCGAGGUAUUGGCUAGAAUUUAUUCUUAAUUAGAUGUUUAAAGCAUUUACUCCACUGUUAAAGUUGUCUUAGUGUAGUCAGGUAUUGACAUGACAUAAGAAAGCAUGAAACUACCACAUUUACAAAAUAUGAGGGAUUUGGGGUUUGGUUUUUUUUGUUUGUUUGGUUGGUUUUUUUUUUUUUUGGUUUUUAACUAUUUUAGACUCAAAUAAUAUCAUACCUGUGUACUUGUACAUAAAAACAAAAUUAUUACUGAGUAAAAAGAUUAAUAUAUGAACUAUCACAGCUGUCGUUAACAGUAUUAAUGAGGUCUGAAUCCGGAGGGUCCCCUGAUUACCAUGCUGACAGUUCACAUGUCAUAGGGCAGAACUCAGCAAGUCCUGUGGUUUCAGGUGUUAAUAAGUAAACGUCUCAUCCAACCUCACUGUGCUCAGCUUUGAAAAGAACAAAGAUUAUACCUCUGUACAUGUGGGUAGAUUUAAAGUGUCCUGUUUUGAUACUAAUUUUGAAAGUUGUUUAUCUUCUCUUGAUAUCUUGGUAAAACUGGCCGUAAGAGAAACCAUUUGAAUAUAUUUGAUUUUGUCAUAGCAUUUAUAAAAUGUAUGUUUCCCAUUAUAUUGAGAGUUUUAUUUUAAAAAUCCCCUUAUGUUUCUAGCACACCUUGGCCAUCACAGUAGACAAAGAAUUCAGAGAAGGCGAGUGGGUUAGGCUGGGGGAAUGAGUAUUCAUUUUUUUCUCCUGACAUUGUCUCUUAAGAAGAAAGUGCUGGCUGGCAUCUUUAAUGCGGGUUGUGAGCCUAAUUACAUAAGCAUGAGCCAGAAGGGAGAGGACUUUGCUCCCUGGCCUUUAAGAAGUGCCUCGUAGGUAAUCAUGGAAGUCACAGGUAAGUGCAGGAGCUUGACCGUAGGCAAGAGGUCUCUAAGGUGUUCUUUUCCUUUGUCUGAGUGUAUAGUAUUACGAUGCCUAGAAGGGGGGCGCUGUUGGCCCUCCCUUACAGGCACUUUCUAUUUCUUGCUGUAACUACAGCAAUCACAUACAGUACAGACAACCUCAAUCUGUUUAUAUUAGUGUGUAAAUAGAAAAACUGUAAACAGCUGUCUAGUCUUCUCCGCAGGCAUUUUGGGAAUGCUUCUAUACUCUGUUCUACUUUGUUAAUGGGGAAUAACAGCACAUCCUAGAUCACCUGUGAACUUUGGGGUCUUCUGAUUGCCCUUGGUAUCCUGAUAUUCUCAUUUCCAAGAUGAGGUAGAGACAGGGUUUCCUUGCAUAACAGAUUUGAGCACCUGCGUUCUGCAAACACAAUCUCAAGAGCAGUUCCAUAGCUCAGCUAGCCAUUGCUGCCCCGAUGCUUGCCCUCCACCAACGGAGGUCGCCUCUGCAGAGUCUACACUUUGCCCAUAACCCUCAUUCCCCAGACCUAGGCUUUGAGUAACUGCUCUGAUUCUGUCCGCCCACCCACCAGUGACUCACCACUCUGCACACUCCCAUCUUCAGAGAUGCGGAGUCUCUCAGGACAGCAGCUUCAGAUCAUGGUAUACAGAUACCAGUAGAAGAAUCGGACAUUGUACUGCCCUUAGCACCUUAACUCUACUUAACAAUCACAACUAGAUUCAGAAAUACAAGAAAGAUAUAUAGACUAUGUCAGGUCCUUAAGUUAGGAAUUAGGACCAAAGGCUAUUAACUUACAUUCACAUUAUCCUCAUGUAGCCAAGAGUGGUGAUGUUUUGGAGAAUACCAGUCCAGCCAGGCUAACAUGAAGAUGACAGAACUGUGGUGUUGAGCCUGAAGACAUCCUAAAAUGGUUUCCCUUGCUCCAUUUUUCUUCACAUUUGCUUACAUAGCAAAGACCAGCAUUAAAUGUCUAAAGGAAUUUUUAAUUUGAGAGCUAGUAUUACAAAAUAAACCUGCUAAAACGGGCUUUAAAAGACAGCAAAAUAAGCCAUAUGUAGUGGUGUUAAAACUAAUCCCAGCACUCAGGAAGCUGAGACAGGAGACUCGCUGGGCAUACAAGGUCAACCUGGGAUAAAUAGUAUCAGCCACCAUGACUACAAAGGGAAAGACUGUCACAAAGGAAAAGAAGAAGGAAGGAAAAGCCAGCAGUCAACCAUCAUGUGUUUCUGUAGAUUCAGAUGUGAUAGAUUCAGGAUGCUUCUUAUAAAACAUCUGUGUCAUGUUCCUUAAAGCAGGUGCGCUCCUUUAAGACCAUGACAGUAGGCUAAGGGAAAGAGUGAAAUCCAACACUCAAAGUGAGAGCUUAUAUUUAACCCUAAAGUGGAUUGAAAUCGGGGAGAGAUGUAAUACAGGAUACAGGUGGGCUAAUUAUGCAAUAUUUCUUCUUUCUAAUUCUCUAACUCUGUACUGUUCCUAAAAAUGGAUGAGUGAGUCUCUGUGGUGUUGCCUGCUCAAUGUGCAUAUCCUUGGUAGACAUUUCUCAUAGUGUGUACUUAAAAAGUGCCUGACAUUGAUUUGUGUUGAUUUCUAAGUCCAUGUAAUAAACGAUACAUGUUUUCUAUGAUA